AUUUCUUUUUAAAGCAUGUGUCUGUUAAAUUUUGAAAGUAUUGAGGUUCUAACGAAAUUUUUGUCGUACUCAUGUAUUUUAUACUUCGAAAGUCCUGCUAGUCUGAAACUAGCAAAAUAAAUCUCUUUUCAAACUUGUUUUUAACGGUUAAAGUGUAACAUUUCCUAGCCCAAUGAAAAAUCAUCUUUGCAGCGUAACAAAUUUUUACGGACUCCUUGAUGGCUCGAAAAAACGAUGCCGCUUUAUUGCAAUAUUUCUACUCGAAUCAAAUCCUUAAAGGUAUGAAGCACCCGGAAGUGGUGAGCGAAUCCUUUUCCCUCGUCGCGAACCUUUUGGAUCUGAUCUCAGAGAUUAGAGAGAGCAUCGACUCUGUCUUGUUUCAAGAUCUGCGGAAAAUGGUGAGCAAGCGUCCCAAGGAUUUGGCCGCAGCAUCCAGGAAGAUAAUCAGCGAAGCCAUAGAGACGAAAGGAGUCGAAGAAUGUUCGGUCGUUUACAAAAGGGCAAAGCAAAACAUAUCGGUGAACAACAGGGCUACGGCCGCUCACGUCGUAUUCGCCUGGAGCGUCGUCGAAAGCAUCGUGAGCCUCGCCUCUGAGACGGCCGCGAGGCUCACACUUUUCGAAAACGAUGGCAAGACGUACAUCAAAAAGGGUUCUUUGAAAGAAAACAACGACUUUUGUUUUUUCGGAAGAAGCGCGGAAAUCGAAGACCUGACCGAACUUUUUCUACUGGAAGAAAGCGUAUUUCUCAACUCUAGAGGCGGUCACAAAGAAACUACUGCUGCUGCGAAUAUAGUAGUCGGAUUCGUUCUACGCGAAGCGGAAAUACAUUUGAAAAGCCGAGCUCUCGACGCCCAUGAAAAAUUCGCCUUCCUCGACGAACCCGUACUUAAGCAUUCCGUACGUAAAUCUUGCCGGUCGGAGAAAAAAGAGACAAAAAACGGAAUACUUAAAAUCGGAAUCUAAACGGAAAUUCGCGAAACCCCUUCCUACAAAUAGCCGAAAGAAAAAAAAA